CACGCGACCGUCUCCACCUCCCGCCCUUCUCUACCUCCUGGCCCGCCUGGCCAGUGAUGAGAUAUUCGGACGGGUCGGAAGGUGGCCACCGCGAUCGAAAUCACGUCCACGACCGCGACCAUGGCCGAGCAUCACGCCCAGAAUAAAGCCAAGCUCAUCUCUGAGACCCGACGGAGAUUCGAAACCGAAUAUGUGACAGAUAAGCCAGAUAAAUAUGAUCCACGUGAUGUUGAAAGGCUACAACAGGAUGAUAACUGGGUUGAAAGUUACUUACUUUGGAGACAUAGUAUUGUUGAUGAAACACUGAAGAUGCUUGAUGAAAGUUUUCAGUGGAGGAAAGAAAUGUGUGUCAACGACCUGACUGAAUCCUCCAUUCCCAGAUGGUUAUUGGAAAUUGGUAGUAUUUAUCUCCACGGUUAUGACAAAGAAGGCAACAAGUUGUUCUGGAUCAGGGUGAAGUAUCACGUAAAAGACCAUAAAACCAUGUUGGACAAAAAGAAGCUUAUCGCAUUCUGGUUGGAACGUUACGCUAAAAGAGAAAAUGGGAAACCCGUAACAGUGAUGUUUGACCUGUCAGAAACUGGAAUAAAUAGCAUAGACAUGGACUUUGUACGCUUUAUCAUCAACUGCUUUAAGGUUUAUUAUCCUAAAUACCUCUCAAAAAUGGUGAUCUUUGAUAUGCCUUGGAUAAUGAACGGUGACCCAGCAGAAGAACUGUAUUUUGGAAGUACAGAAUCUGGAGAGAAGAAAACUUUAAUAGUGUUGACAAAUGUAACAAAAAACAUCGUAGCAUUUAAGGUGAGAACAACUGCUCCAGAAAAAUACAGAGUCAAGCCAAGCAACAGCAGUUGUGACCCUGGUGCAUCAGUUGAUAUAGUUGUGUCUCCCCACGGGGGUUUAACAGUCUCUGCCCAAGACCGUUUCCUGAUAAUGGCUGCAGAAAUGGAACAGUCAUCUGGCACGGGCCCAGCAGAAUUGACUCAGUUCUGGAAAGAAGUCCCCAGAAACAAAGUGAUGGAGCAUAGGUUAAGAUGCCAUAUUGUUGAGAGCAGUAAACCAACCACUCUGACAUUAAAAGACAGUGCUUUUAACAUGUCUGAUAAAACCAGUGAAGAUCUUUAUCUGCAACUCAAUCGUUUACUAGAAAGCAAUAGGAAGCUUGAAGACCAAGUUCAGCGUUGUAUCUGGUUCCAGCAGCUACUGCUUUCCUUAACAAUGCUCUUGCUUGCUUUUGUCAUCUCUUUCUUCUAUUUGCUGUACAGUUAAAGAAGUGGCACUCGGUAGGAAACAAGGCUCUUUCGUUCAUUAGUUGGAAAAAGACCCAGAACUUCAUGCUACUAAAAGUGCCGCACAUCUGUGCUUCCUGAAAGGAAAUUUGCCACACUUAGAGGGGAACAUGUCUUGAAAAUAAAGUCUGUUAGAAUAAGGAAACACUGGAGAAAUUGAUUAUAAGAGAGUAUAGCUGUAGUUAGCCAAGUCAAGGCAUAGCCGUGUGUAAAUUAAUACUUUAGAUAUAAUUUAUUUUUUCCUUUCGAUUUGAAGACUUCUGAAGUUUAAGUUGUAUUAUAUAUAUACAUUAGCUGAACUGAAAAGUGUAAGUAACAAGCUUUGUUGCAGCCAAAAAUGUCAUCUGCUGUUUUUAAUGACAAAAUCAUUAUAGCUGAGCCAACUUACUAGCUUUUCUAUACUAUGUAUAUAGAACAUGUAUAUUGAAAAAACCAUACUUAUACAGAGUAAUUUCUUUAAACAUGACUUUGUAAUUUUGAGAAUUACUUCCAGAUGCUAGUCAAUAUUCUUUGAGUAUGUAAAACUAUUUAAUGCCAAACCACCUUUAGCCUUUGUUUCUUAUCUGUCUUCCUUAAAGUCUGCCUUUUAUUAAUCUUGGACUUUUUAAUGAAUACUCACAUUUAGGUAGAACUGGGGAAACUAAGUUUGGUUGGGUUUUCCUUGAAUUCUGUCAGUGGCACGGAGAAGAAAAAUCCUUUCAGUCCCACUUUCCAGUCUUUUUUAUGCGGUGUCACAUUGCUCACGGUGGCUGGACACUGACCCGUAUGCUUCAGUAGUAUUAGAAAGGCCUACUCCAAUGUUGUACCAUCUUCACCCUCUUUUCUAAACGAGUUAAAAUUUCUUUGAAAAGUUAGUUUUUGAGAGGCAUAGCCGUAGAAUUCAUUUACAUUUCAGGUCCUUGUUAAAAUCAGCCACCAGAAGGAAACUUGACAAGAAGACUAGAUAGAGGAUCUAGAAGCAUGACAAAAACAAAUCAAAACUCCAGUGUCAAGUGUCCAUUUCUGAGUGAAAAGUAGAACUCAUGAUCCACUUGUACCACCUUCAGACUGGGGCUGAUGGACUUGCUGGAUCCUCUGCCCUUGUCACAGUAAUCCCAAGGGUGGUUCCUGAGUGCCUAAGAUGAUACGACUCGCAGGGGCAGAGGUGGAUGAAAAGAGUUUGUUUUCUCAUUUAUACAGCCAGUUUCAGUCCGUGUUGGUUCACGUGUAAAUCUACUUGAUAUGAAAGAAAAAGAGUCUGCCUGUUAAAUAAAUGUUGAGUUUUGAUUGA